AUGUCCAUCAAAAAAUAUUUAAGAAAUUCACCAAAUUUCUUAGAUAUUUCUUAUAAAAAAAUUACUAAGAAAUUUACCUUUUGUACCCAUGCCUCCUCCUCCUCAUUACCAACAUUUACACCAAAUCAAAAAAAUCGAUUCAAUAUUCCACGUUUGACAUCCUAUGACACUCUAAAUUAUAAAGAACCACCAAAGUCAUGCACAAUGUUAGUUAGAGAUUUUAUUGAUGAUUCAUUAUACAAUCCGAAUUAUGGAUAUUUUUCAAAAAACGUUGCAAUUUUUUCAACUUCGGAUGAUAAUGUUGUUAAAUUUAAUGAAAUAAAAGAUAAUUUGGAAUUUUUAAAUGUUGUUGGUAAACAGUAUCAAGAAUUCGAAAAUAAUUUAGAGAAAGAAGAUAAACAAUUUCUUAGACAAAUUCGGCAUACCCCUACUGAAUUAUUCAAGCCAUGGUAUGGUUACUCAAUAGCAAAAUAUAUAGCAACAGAAUAUAAUCUAAAUCCUCAAAAUGACUUAAUAAUUUAUGAAUUAGGAGCUGGCAAUGGAACAUUAAUGUUAAAUAUAUUGGAUUAUUUACAGAAAUUUGAACCAGCAAUUUAUAAAAAAACUAAAUAUAGAGUUGUGGAAAUCAGUCAUAGAUUGGCUGCUGAAAUGCAAAAAAGUAAAAAUAAUAAAAAUCAAAGAGUGGGUUUUCUUGGUAGUAGUGGUGGAAGAGAUGCAGCAGCAAAAACAUUAAAUAAUCAUCAUGAUUGUAUAGAGAUUAUUAAUAAAAAUAUUUUUGAUUGGUGUGAAGUUGUUAAUGAAAAUUGUUUUUUCUUGGCUUGUGAAGUGUUGGAUAAUUUUGCUCAUGAUGUAAUUAGAUAUGAUGCAAUUAAUGAGAAACCAUUACAAGGUGUAGUGAUAAUAGAUAAUGAGGGUGAUUUUGAAGAAGUUUAUGAACCAAUUAAUGAUCCAUUAAUCAGUAAACUCCUCUCAAUAAGGAAUCAAACUUCUUACAAGUCACCAGUACUACAAAACCGUCUAUUAAGAAAACUUCGUAACAAAUUACCACUUGCCUAUAAUAUGACACAAUCAGAAUUCAUACCAACAAAACUAUUACAAUUCCUAAUUGUAUUGAAACAUUAUUUUCCAAAACAUCGAUUAAUCAUAACAGAUUUUUACAAGUUAACAAAUUCAAUUUUACAACAAGAUGGUGGUGGAAUAGGAGAUAAUGCACCAGCUGUUCAAACAAGAUUUCAACAAACCAUGAUUCCAUGUUCAACUUAUUUGGUUAAACCUGGAUAUUUUGAUAUUAUUUUCCCAAUAAAUUUUGAGCUGUUAAAAGAUUUGUAUCAAUUAAUGUUUUUUUCAUCAAAGUCAUCAUUGGAUGAAAAAGUUAAAAUCUUGACACAUAAAAAUUUUAUGGAAAGAUAUGCAGAUUUAAACAAAACUAAAACUUCAAGUGGAGAAAAUCCUUUAUUAUUGUAUUAUGAAAAUGUUAAAUUUUUAUUAACAUGA